UGCUGUCUUUGCAAAAUGUGUAAAACAAAAUUUCGGGUUUCACAUAUUAUCACGAAAUUUGGCAUUUUGAACAUGGUGUACUGCUCCCUGCUGCGAGGCCUGCAGCGACAAGAGCAGCUAUUUCGUCUUCGACCCCGUAAUAGAACCCACAGAGGACGUACAUACACAGAGGGUGAUACUACCAAGAACGGGCCGUCCCCAGAUUUAUCUUCCAAGCCCGACCCGCCCCCAACUAACACUAGUAGUGCCAUCAAUGCGGGUAACAUGCCUGCGAGCCCGAUGCGCAGCUCGAAGAGCCCGCAUUAUGGCUACAGCAUUGCCCUUGGCGGGCUGUGUAGCGCUCUGCUUUGGGCCAUCUAUGAGUUGGGUAAGCCAGAGCGGGACCAAAGUGGUCAGCCCAUCGAGGAUGAGCUGAGCAUGUUGCCCCUGGCCCAGCAGUACAUAAAGCGAAUGUGGAUCUCCCUGCAAUAUUAUCAGAAAAUGCUGGAGGAGCCCGUGCCCAGUAAGCUGCUGCCCGAUGUAAUGCAGGCGCCUUACAUACAGCCUCGCUAUACGCUGGUGCUGGAGAUGAAGGAUGUGCUGGUGCAUCCAGACUGGACCUACCAGACCGGUUGGCGUUUCAAGAAACGACCCGGCGUCGACUACCUCUUGCAACAGUGCUCGAAGCAUUUCGAGAUCAUUGUCUAUACUGCCGAGCAGGGCACCACAGUGUUUCCCAUACUGGAUGCACUCGACCCGAAUGGAUACAUAAGAUAUCGUUUGGUGCGUGGUGCGACACAAUUCAUCGAUGGACACCACAUCAAGAACUUGAACAGCCUCAAUCGUAACCUGAAGCGAGUCAUUGUCGUCGACUGGGAUAAGAACGCCACGUGUCUGCAUCCCGACAAUACCUUUGCGAUGGCGCGUUGGUUGGGAAAUGACGACGAUGUGGAACUCUUCGAUCUUAUGGCCUUUCUGCAGAUCAUUGCCGAGAACGAAAUCGAUGAUGUGCGAUCCGUACUGCACUACUAUCGCCAGUUUGAGAAUCCAAUACAGCAGUUCAAGGAGAACCAACGCAUGCUGCUCGAGAAGACUCAGGAGAAGAUGGAGCCGCAACGCACUGCGAGCAAACGCUGGCCAUACAGUCUUAUGGGGGGCGGAACAAAGCAUUAGAAGUGUAAAUACCAUGUCAUUAAAAUAGCCGUGUUUGGACCGUUAA